AUGGUCACGGGUGUAUUAUGGAAUUUAUCUUCCUGUGAAGAAUUAAAGAAAGCCAUCAUCGAUGAUUGUCUAACAGUGUUAGUGAUGGUUGUAAUGAUCCCUCAUUCUGGAUGGGGUCGGCAAGGAACUGCCCAGCCUCAGGCACCCCCAGGGGAACAGUGGACAACAGUUUUUAGAAAUGCUAGUGGAGUUCUCAGGAAUAUUAGCUCAGCAGGUUAUCAAGCAAGGAAACGAUUAAGAGAAUGUGAUGGUUUGGUAGAAUCUUUGAUCCACGCAGUAAAAACGGCCAUUGGACAAAGUGAUAUUGAUAAUAAGCCAGUUGAGAAUUGUGUCUGUAUACUCCGAAACUUAUCGUAUCGUAUCCAGGAAGUAGAUGAUCCAGAAUUCUAUUUGAAAAGAACAUUACAGAGGCAACAAAGAAAUUUAGAAAAAGGGGAAAACACAGGUUGUUUUGGAGGGACAGCAAGGAAGAAAAAUGCACAGAAAUCUGAAUUAAAAGCUCGACCAGACCAAAGUUCUAACAGAAUGACCCCACCAAAAGGUCAAGAAAUUCUUUGGCAUCCGGAUAUCGUUCACAUUUAUCUCCCUUUACUUGCUGACUGCUCUAAUCCAGUUACAUUAGAGGCUGCUGUUGGCGCCAUUCAGAAUUUGGCUGCUUGUGAUUGGCAGCCAGGGAUUGAUAUCCGUGCUGCUGUAAGAAAAGAAAAAGUAAAAUUGCCGUUUCAAUGUUGCUUCCCCCACACACACAUCUCUCGCUAUGUACUUCAUAUUGAAAUUUUGAUUUUUAUCACUUGUCUUUUUUUAUCUCAAUUUUGUCUCACUUUUGUCUCUCUCGUCUCUUUUUUCUUUUUUUUUCUUUUCUCUUCUCUUCUGUCUUCUCUCUCUCUCUUUUUGUCUUCCUCUCUCUCUCUCUCUUUUUGUCUUCCUCUCUCUCUCUCUUUUUGUCUUCCUCUCUCUCUCUCUUUUUGUCUUCCUCUCUCUCUCUCUCUUUUGUCUUCUCUCUCUCUCUCUUUUUGUCUUCCUCUCUCUCUCUCUCUUUUUGUCUUCCUCUCUCUCUCUCUCUUUUUGUCUUCCUCUCUCUCUCUCUCUUUUUGUCUUCCUCUCUCUCUCUCUCUUUUUGUCUUCCUCUCUCUCUCUCUCUUUUGUCUUUCCUCUCUCUCUCUCUUCCUCUUCUCUCUCUCUCUCUUUUUGUCUUCUCUCUCUCUCUCUUUUUUCUCUCUUUUCUCUCUCUCUCUCUCUUUUUUGUCUUUCUCUCUCUCUUUUUUGUCUUCCUCUCUCUUUUUUGUCUUCCUCUCUCUCUCUUUUGUCUUCUCUCUCUCUCUUUUUGUCUUCCUCUCUCUCUCUUUCUCUUUUUCUCUCUUUUUGUCUUCUCUCUCUUUUUGUCUUCCUCUCUCUCUCUCUUUUGUCUUCCUCUCUCUCUCUCUUUGUCUUCCUUCUCUCUCUCUUUGUCUUCCUCUCUCUCUCUUUGUCUUCCUCUCUCUCUCUUUGUCUCUCUCUGAAAAGAAAAAUCUCUCUCUCUCUCUUCUUUCUCUCGCUGUUGUCUCUCUUUAUUACAAUCGACAAUCGGAUAACACAACAGACGAUACAAUAUGUGCGGUCAUUGCAACACUUUAUGAAAUUAUCAAGAAAAAUCCAUCUUUUGCUCAUUCAUUAUUAGGUGAAGGCGGAGUCAGUCGUUUGGUGUCCAUUACUCAAUCAGAAGGAUUAUAUUUAGAAAAGACUGUUAGAUAUUCUGCCAUGGUGCUUCAUACAAUGUGGCAGUUUAAGGAACUCAGUGGCGAAUAUAGAAAACAGGGAUAUACUGAAUCGGACUUCAUCACUAAAACCUCCACAUUCAGGUAA